UUACUUACUAUUUGGGAGGAACCAAAACGCGGCAUUAAUGUUUAAGAAGUUAAUACAGAUUCUGAGAUGUGAAAUUGUCUGGAAAAUUAAUAGAGUUUCGGUUUGGAGAUGAUGAAUUGUACAAAUUUCUGUUGAGAAUCGUAAUAAAAAUGGCGGAAGAGCCGGAUUAUCAGAACGAUGAAACCAUCUUCAAGUGGGACGAAAAAUCUCAACUAUACUUCCAUGCCAGUAGUGGGUUUUAUCAUGAUCCGAAUGCUGGAUGGUACUACAGCGGUAGAGACGGUCUGUACUACAAAUUUGAGGAUGGGAAUUAUGUCCUCUUGGAUUCUCAGAAGGUUCAGGGUGAUGAAUGUGCAAUAGAUGAGGGUGGCGAAGUUCUUCCUGGUAAUACCAUUCAGGAUGAGCAAUGUACAAAUUCAUAUUGCCGGAAUGAUGAGUAUUACUCUUCAUUUCAGGGAGAUGAAUCCAAGGGCAUGGGAACUGCUGCUGAUGAAUGCACUUCAGGGCAUACAACAUGUGUUAGCAGUCAUGAUGCAGAAAAUCCACCCCCACCAUCAGAAUGGCUAGAAGACACACUUAUUGAUCUAUAUUUGUCUGGUUAUUCCACAACAGCAAUCAAUGCUACCGAUGAAGUGAGGAUGCCUUUGGAAACAGAUGAGGGGGAUAACUUUAAGUUGUCAGCUCAUGGAAAUGGUGAUGAUCAUGAGCUAGAAGGCGAAUGCGUUCCGGAGGAUCAUCAUGGUGUAACAGAUUCAAUUGGAAAUGUUGUAGCCGAAGGUGAUUCCUGGGAUGAAGAGAACUGGCGAGCACAGUAUGGUCAAGUUAUUAAAUCUGAGGAUUCCAUUCCAAACUUCCCAGUUGUGGAUCUAUGGGAUUGGGCAAUGGUGUCAGGUGUCAAAAAGGAUGGAAAAGGACAAGUGGCCAGGUUGGUUGGGCGGCUAGUGAGGCAAUCCACUAAGCUUCAUCCCUCUAUGCCUUCUGGUGGUGGUCUUAUGAAAACUGCCCCAAUAUGUGAAGUGCAUCUUGAUCUGGUACGAGUAACAUCAGGGCAGGUUUAUAGGUUGAAGAGUCCUAGCUCAAGAUAUUUAGCUUCCUUGUCAAUUUAUGAUUCUUCCAACCCAACAAAAGACUGGAGCUUUCCCAAAUUGUCAGUUGAUCAGAAUAUGCUUCCUCUAUCUAAAUGCCGAAAUAGUGAAUCCAAAGUGACAGAUGGUGUUGCUAUUCAGAAGGAUUUAUCUGUGCUACAGGAUCCAAAGUCUGCAUCUGACAAGCAUAAAAGCCAUGUGUAUAGGGAUAGAGCUGCAGAGAGAAGAACUUUGCAUGGAGGUUUUGGUGUGGGUCCUGGACAAAAGAAUUUAGUUGUUGGAGAUGCUAUGCCAUCAUCUCCUGUUUCUGUCUCAACAGAAGAAGCUGCAGCUGAAGCCUUGAACAUGUCCUUUGGAGCUGGUAGUUAUGCUAGAAGAAUUCUAGAAAGCAUGGGUUGGAAGGAGGGAGAGGCACUUGGCAACACCGCAAAGGGUCUACUGGAACCAUUAGAAGCAGUUGCAAACAGAGGAAAUGCUGGAUUGGGUUGGAUCCAUAGCAGAAUGAAACACAACUGAUGCAAGUGGGUGUUAUCUGAACUUGGUGUUGUCAUUUAGACUUCGAUGAUGGGGGAGAUGGUAAACUUAAUGGACUUCUGCAAUUUAGUGGGACCUGCUUGCGGUGCUGCUUUGUUGUAUUGUCCUGGAACAUUUCAGAGAUAAAGACCGUACCUUUUCUUCUUUCUCAUACGCAAAAAAAUUGCUAACAUGGCAAUGUACCGUCCUGUCCUAUAGUUCACAAAGCAAUUUCCGCAUGACCCAGCAUCUGAUGAAGGGAAAUGCUGCUGCACUUAAUGAUGCAUGUAAGAUCUUUCAUUUUGUAUGUGGUAGAUUAGGGAACAAAUGAUUCUAUUCAAGGCUUUUUUUAAA